AUGAUUGAGACGGCUGUUGCAGGCCGCGCCAUUCCAGUAUGGGCACCGCUCCUACUGGCCAUCGCGUCCUAUGGCGCGCUGGUUCUAUAUCGACUCUUCAUUUCUCCCUUGAGUAAAAUCCCUGGUCCAUGGCUCACAAGAAUAUCCGCUAUUCCGGAAGUCAACGCCCUCAAGGCCCAAAGACGCACCGACUGGGUGAACAGCCUCUUCUUGGAGAAUCCUGGCGCAGUUGCUGUACGGACAGGCCCGAAUUCAGUCUCGUUCAAUCACCCAGAUGCCGUCAAAGCAAUCUACGGCCAUGGGAAAGGUGCAGAGGGCUUUGGCAAGUCAACUUGGUACGAUGCUUUUUCGACAACCGGCGAAUCGCUUUUUUCAACGCGUUCCAAAAAACGCCAUGCUACCAAGAGACGAAUGGUCGCGCACGGCUUCAGCAUGCAAUCUCUUUCCCUCUUCGAACCAUACAUGGACAUGACAAUGCAAAAGUUCCUCCAGAAGAUGGAUGAGUUCGCGAGCACCCAGCAACCCUUCGACAUAUAUUUCUGGUUCGAGCUUUUCACCAUGGAUCUGAUGGGAGAACUGGCCUUUGGACAAAACUUUGGAGCCCUCCAAUCCGGUAAGCCGGUGCGGUACUCCAAGCUCGUGGAGCUCUCCCAGCGCUUUGCGAACUUGAGUGGGAUGCUACCAUUCGGCAAAUACAAUGUCAAAGUUCUCAGCUGGGUGCCGAUCCCAUAUAUCCAAGGACUGUAUCAGGCAAGGCUUGAAUACCUGGACUACGCUAGGAAGGCUUUGGAAAAGCGAUUCCAAGACAAUCGUCAGCAAGUUCUCCCCAGCGGCAAGCCGAGGCAAGAUAUCAUGCAACGAUUCAUCGAAGCGCAAGAUCCGGAAACCGGAGCACGUAUGGAUUUUCCAGAACUUAGAGCUGAGGCAUCUUCCUUGAUGGUCGCAGGAGCAAGUACUGGGAGCGUAACCAUGAAUUGGAUGACGUACUAUUUGUCAAAGAACCCCUCAGUUAAAGCCCGUAUCAUACAGCAACUGGAAAAAAUGUUCCCGGACGACCUCGACGGAUCCACACCUAUUCCAUUUGCAAAGCUACAGCAUCUGAGCCUUCUAGAAGCAACUGAGAUCGAAUGUCUUCGCCUUCAUCCUCCGAUCGGGUACGCCAUGCCAAGGAUGACUCCAUCCAGUGGUGCUGUCAUCUGCGGAAAAUUCAUUCCCGGUAACGUCGAUGUAGGUGUGCCUGCUGCCAUUAUUGGGAGAAAUCCGGCAGUCUAUCGUGAUCCCAACAGUUGGCUUCCUGAUCGGUGGCUGGACGAGAAAGCAGAUCUGUCGACCAUGAAAUUGUGCUUUCUUGGUUUCGGCUAUGGCAGCAGACAGUGUAUUGGAAGGAACGUUGCCAAUCAGUUUGUGAUGAAGAUGAUUGCGACAUUGUUGCUUAGAUACGACAUUCAACUAGAAGAUCCCAACCUGGUACUAGGCUCGAAGGAGUUCACAAUCAUCAAGCCGGAUAAGAAUUAUAAUGUGAUUCUGAGGCCAAGGAAGCAUUGA